ACUAUUACCUCCGUACUCUUAUACAGUAAAGUACGCUAUAAAUCUCUCACGGGACGUUUAACUAUUGACCGCCUUCUGAAUUUCGUCCAUACGUCCGUGUCUCCGUACUAGGUACAGGUUAGUAUGGUCUACUCCAUAGCUAAAUUCCAAUAAUUAUUGCCCCUUCAGGAAAUAUUUGCUAUUAUUAUUAGAUUCUCCCGUAUAAUUUUUUUUGGUGACCCAUGUAGUCCGUACAGCGUAUUCACUGCUAUUGAAGCCCUGCUUCCUCAAGGUUCCACCAUCGCCCGAGCCCUUUUACCCGCGUCUUUAUCUCCUUGGAGCUAACUCCUAUGUUUUGUUGGUUAUCACUAUAAUUGCCUUUCUGUAUAACUGCACCCUUAGCAUUACAUUGACAAUGACUGAACUGCCGCGAAAUAUGUCUCUGCUUGAACAGGCCCAAGAAGCAGUUUCAUAUUUGAGCCAACGUCUACCGACCCCUCUUCAAAAACCUCGGGUCGCCAUUGUCUGUGGUUCAGGGCUGGGCGGACUUGCAGAUACAAUCUAUGACAUGCCUAAAGCGGAGUAUGAUUACAGCUCCAUUCCACAUUUCCCCCAUCUCACAGUUACUGGACAUGCUGGAAAACUGGUUUUUGGGUUAAUUGCUCAAAGGAUCCCGGCCGUUUUAAUGGUUGGCCGUGCGCAUUACUACGAGGGUCAUUCAAUUGAGCGUAUAACAUUUCCAAUUCGCGUUUUCAGUCUCUUGGGGGUUGACACGGUAGUCUUAACGAAUGCCGCAGGAGGCUUGAACUCUGAGUAUGCAGUUGGAGAUAUUGUAUUGCUGAACGAUCAUAUAUUCCUCGCUGGUUUGGCAGGAAUUCAUCCACUACGGGGCCCUAAUAUAAACGAAUUCGGGACUCGCUUUCCUCCAUUAUCAGAUGCAUAUGACCUUCAACUUCGCCGCUUUGUGCAUAAAGCUUGGAAAACGGUCAUACCUUCAAGUACUAAGAGGAGGCUGCACGAAGGUGUGUACGCAUUUGUUGGUGGUCCAAGCUACGAGACCAGGGCAGAAUGUCGUAUGCUUCGACAGCUAGGCGCCGAUUUGGUUGGCAUGUCGACAAUACCAGAAAUAAUUGUCGCCAGACACUGUGGAAUUCGAGUGUUGGCAUUUAGCCUUGUGACAAACAGCGCGGUCCUUUCUCCUGCUCCCCGUGGAGACGAUCAUCUUCUUCAGAGAACGGCUGCCAAUGAAUUGGACGACAUCUUGCAAGAAGGGAAGGCAAACCAUGAAGAAGUCCUUGAGGAAGGUCGUCAUGCGGCUAUUGAUAUGCAAAGACUUGUUGAAUGCACUGUGGCAGGCAUGUUCAACUGAAGCCGAGACGACUAAUGAUAUUAGCGCAUUGUUCCAAUAUCCGGUGGACGUAGCACGAUCGUGGUAUCGGACCUUGCUGAUUUGUGACCGGAUAAACUCGUCUUCAAUAUACCCGGUUCCUAUUUGCUUUCAUGUAAGUGGGAAAGCCUUCCGGUUUCUCUUGGCUCUCAGACUUCUGUAGAAGGACUUUUUGCCGCUUCUUUUAGACGCCUGGAUAUUAUUGUAUUUGGUUUCAAAAUGCCUCGUCUCCCGCUCAACAGCAAGAGCUUCCCCGACAAAAGUUCUCUUGCGUUCCUUCUUUGUAAUACGUGCACUAAAGAAUUCAGUCGGACCUUCGAUAACAGUUCCAACUUGAGAAAACUCUGGGAGCCCCGAGUUUCCGUUCUCUUUUUUAUAGUGCCUUUUCGGGUCAAGCACAGAACGCAUGCGUAGAAGUUUUAAAUCCCUUCCGAGCUCUGUUGUCAAUUCUGUUUUCGGCAAAUCGAACCAAUCACUUCCUGCAGUCGUCUUAUC